CUCCCCUUUUCUCUCUCUACCCACAAAGUCUCUUUCCCUCUCUCUCUCCCCCAUAAACCCAAGUUAUUGUUUAUUUUACCUCUCUGUAUAAAUAACAACUUGAUCUCAUCUCAAUUUUGAUUACAACCAAAAUUUCUAAAUUUAUCUCUCUACAAUUCAUAACCUAAAAGUUAGAUAUCUGGAUUCCUAACUCUUCCUUUCUCUCUCUACAAUUCAAGACCUCAAAAUUGGAUUUCUAGAUUCCUGUGUCUUCCCUCUAUAUCUUUAGGCUACAGCCUCAAAAUUAUAUUUGACUUGAAGCAUAGGUGAUUAUAGGGUUUAGUGCUCUUCGAGAAAAAUUUAUUUCAGAGGGUUUUUAUUUUCGAGCUUUAAAGCUUGAGUUUGUAGGGUUAGGGUUUCUCUCUCCUCCAACUCCGAGAACUGUUUUUGGGACUCUGAUUUUCGAUCAUCGAUGACCUUAAAUUUGAGACACAAGCAAACAUCCAUUAACAGGGACAGAAAGCUCGGAUCCCAAACCCUAAAUCGAUGAUUUGUUUCUUUUACAUGGACACAAUAUAAUGCGGUUCACGCUAGGGCAAAGGAAACCCUAACAUCUGAUCGAUUUUGGGGUUUUUCUCUUACUAAUCUGGAGCCUAGCUUAAAUAAUGCAAGAUUCACAUUUAAAGGCAACCAAUCUAGGUUUCUGUUAUUCUUCGAUUUGAUGAACUGGAUCUGUAAAAAGUGUGCACAAAAGGAAUAGGUUUUUUGAUUUCUAGGGUUUAGAAUGUUCAAAUCGGCUGUGUACCAUGGGGAUUCCCUUUUGGGGGAAGCGGAGGUUUAUCCAGAGAGAGAAUAUCUCAAUUUGGAAACCAUUACAAAGGAAAUACGGAUCUCUCACCUUUCACUUCCUAGUGAGAGAUGCCCACCCUUAGCAGUUCUUCACACCAUUGCUUCAUGUGGAGUCUGCUUCAAAUUGGAGUUCAAAUCUCAAUCAGGAGAAUCGCCACUCUUCUCUCUCUACAAUACUUGCCUCAAAGAUAAUAAGACGGCAGUUAUGCCCCUAGGAGCAGAGGAGCUGCAUUUGGUGGCUAUGGCCUCUAAAAACAAGUUCGAGCUGUUCUCAUGUUUUUGGGGUUUUCGCAUUUCAUUGGGUCUAUACAAUUCUUGUCUAGCAAUGCUUAAUUUAAGAUGCCUCAGCAUUGUAUUUGAUCUAGACGAGACCCUUAUAGUUGCCAACACAAUGCGAUCUUUUGAAGAUCGAAUUGAUGCUCUCCAGCGUAAGAUUAGUAGCGAGCCUGAUCCUCAGAGGGUCUCUGGCAUGUUGGCCGAGGUCAAGAGGUAUCAAGAUGAUAAAACUAUAUUGAAACAAUAUGUGGAGAGUGAUCAGGUUGUUGAGAAUGGGAAAGUCUUCAAACUGCAAAAUGAAAUUGUUCCUCCAUUGUCAGACAGUCAUCAAGCUAUUGUUCGCCCACUGAUAAGGUUACAAGAGAGGAACAUCAUAUUGACUCGCAUUAACCCAGUUAUACGCGACACGAGUGUUCUUGUCAGGAUGAGGCCUGCAUGGGAGGACUUACGGAGUUACUUGACUGCAAAAGGUCGCAAACGUUUUGAGGUUUAUGUUUGUACGAUGGCAGAAAGGGAUUAUGCAUUGGAGAUGUGGAGGCUUCUGGAUCCAGAAGCAAACUUGAUAAACCCAAGACAACUUUUGGAUCGUAUCGUAUGUGUUAAGUCAGGAUCAAGGAAGUCUUUGCUCACUGUUUUUCAAGAUGGUAUUUGCCAUCCUAAAAUGGCAAUGGUGAUCGAUGAUCGUUUGAAGGUGUGGGAUGAUAAAGAUCAACCUCGAGUGCAUGUUGUUCCGCCAUAUGCUCCAUACUAUGCUCCUCAGGCAGAGGUAAAUAAUGCUGUUCCAGUCUUGUAUGUUGCAAGGAAUGUUGCAUGCAAUGUCAGAAGUGGUUUCUUCAAGGAUUUUGACGAUGUUUUGUUGAAAAGAAUUCCUGAUGUUUUCUACGAAGAUGAUAUUUCGUGUCUGCCAUCUGCUCCUGAUUCAAGCAAUUAUUUGCUGUCAGAGGAUGAUUCUUCUGUCUUAAAUGGAAAUAAAGACCUUCCUAUCCCAGAAGGCAUGGUAGAUUCCGAGGUUGAGCGGAGAUUGAAGGAUGCUAAUUUUGCCAUGCAAGCCAUGCCUACUUCUACAUCGAAUAAUAACUUUGAAAGGAGGCCGACAAUGUCUCUCCAGCAUGUUGCUUCUACCUCUAACAUGAUUUCACAAUCACCUUGUCAAGGACCCAUGUCUUUGAAUAAUAAGCAGUAUAAUCAUGCUGUACCAUCCCUUAAGCCCUCGGGUCACAUUUGUUCUUCAGAUUCUACCUUGCAGUGCUCCCCUGGUAGAGAAGAAGGAGAGGUUCCUGAGUCUGAAUUAGAUCCUGAUACAAGGAGAAGACUUCUCAUCUUGCAACAUGGUCAAGACACUAGGGAACAUGGUACAAUUGAUCCUCCUCCUCCUCCUUUCCCUUUGAGACCAGCUCUUCAGAUUGCUGUGCCUCCGGCACAAUCACAUGGCCCCUGGUUUCCUGUGGAGGAAGAGAUGAGUCCGAGACAGCUGAGUCAUCCUCUCAGAGAAUUCCCAUUGGAACCAGAAGCUGUUCAAUUUGAUCGGCAUCGAGCUCGUCCUUUUUUUCAUGGUGUGGAUGGCUCAAUUCCUGCUGAUAGAGUAUUUAAUGAAGCCCAAAGAUUGUCUAAGGAGGUUCAAUACCGAGAUGACCGUUUACAUCAAAACCUCCCGAAAACAAGUUAUUCUUCCUUCCCAGAAGUUGAGGAGAUGCCUCCAGGUCAAUCAUCAUCCAAUACCCGGGAUGUUCCUUUUGCUACUGGGCAAGUUCCUCCGCAAUACUCCCCUACUCCUGUUGGAGUUCUGAAGGAUAUUGCAAUUAAGUGUGGAUCAAAGGUGGAUUUCAGGUCAAUGGUGGUUCCUACUACCGAGUUGCAAUUCUCUGUUGAGGUUUGGUUUGUUGGUGAGAAAAUAGGGGAAGGCAUUGGUAAAACGAGGAAGGAAGCUCAAUUUAAAGCGUCAGAGGCUUCUAUACGCACUUUGGCUAGGACAUAUUUAGCUCAGAUUUCACCUGAUAUUGGACUUGGUUGUGGAGAUAUGGAUGACCGUUCGCUUGGAAGUGACAAUGGACUCAUGGGUGACUCCAUUAGUUCUGCUGGGCUUAGGGAAGAUUCUCUACCAAUUGCAAGUACCUCUGAGCAACAAAGAUUUUUGGAUCAAAGACUAGAGGGAUCUAAGCAGUCGAUUGGAGUUGUUUCUUCUCUUAAAGAAUUGUGCUCAGUGGAAGGCCUCAGUCUAGUAUUUAAAGAGCUGCCUCCAACAGGUUCAAAUCAUAAAGGGGAAGUCUAUGCACAGGUUGAAAUAGCAGGACGCGUUUUAGGGGAAGGAGUUGGCUCAAGCUGGGAAGAAGCUAAGAUACAGGCUGCUGAAGAUGCUUUGGGAAGUUUGAAGUCUUCACUUAUUCAACGGACCCAGAAGCGACCAAGUUCUCCGAGGUCAUCACUGAGUAUCCAAAACAAACGGUCGAAGCCAGACUUAAUUAGAGGAUUGCAGCAAAUAACAUCCUCAACAAGAUACUCCAAAAGUGGUUCUGCUGUAUCUUAAAACCCAUUUUUUUAGGUGGUUCUGCCACUAACUUGUGUACCACCAGUUGCUUCAUUGGGGUUGUAACUGAUAACCCCUUUGCACAUUUUGGUGCCACUCGAGAAUCCCCCACUUCUCUCCCCCCCACCCCCACAAUGUGCUGCUGCUCCAUGAAGGCUUUGAGAUGAAGAGAGGAAUUCUGCAACUACUACAACCCCUUUUGUCUGUUGUUCAUCAGGGCUUCAACUAGUGGUUUUUCAAAUCAUAUCCAUUUGUUCUUUUAUGAUAGUGGAUUCUCAUUGAUGAUUUGGUGGGUGGGUUGUGUUUGAAGCGAGGAGGUUUGGGGGGAACCUGAUUAUGCUGGCAAUUCGGGAGGGUUGUUGAGAUAAAUUAGUUGGACCUACCUGUGCCUAGAUAUUACUGCUCUGAGAUAUCGUCCCUUCAAGAUAGCACAUUCUUGGGAACAUUGCAAGAAAUUAGGACUGGAGGAUUGAGAGCUAGUGUUUUAGUGACACUGCCAAUCCAUUGAUGACAAGGACAAAUCUGUACUUGCAGAGGAUAUCUGCCAUUAUUCUUUGCCCCACUUUAGCUGAGAGUUUUGCUGGGGCUUGUUGCUUAGCAUAAUUCACAAUUUUCUUUUGGACUUGGAUUCAUUAUUUCUUCUCCAGACUCCAUACUGAAUCACUGAUGCUGUUGCGGUGGCCCAAAGAGAUGAGGUAUGGGGAAUCAAUUACGGUUAGGAUUUGCUUUGAAUAGGUGAAAGCUGACUAUCAUGGUGAAAGGUCAUAUGCAUGUAACCUUCAUGUUUUUGAGAGGAACACACUUCCAUCAGAGGAAUGCAUUUGCAUUGGUGCUUAGGUAUGCUUAUCGCCCUCAAUUUGCCAACUAUUGAGGAGAAGUUCUUGGUUAUCACAGUGAUUUCCGAUCAGAUUGCAUUCUCAAAUUAAGUUGGCACAUUGACCAUCCCAAGGGAUUGGUUUGCUCGAACACUAUCCAUCUCCCAUGAUAUUUAAUUUGAUGAAAGUCAACUUUUGGGGAUGUAAUCAUUAUCACCUGGAUUUCUCUAUCCAGGUGUUAGUUCUUAUCUAUUGCACCCGUUGCUCUGGUGAUAACCGGGAAUCAACUCUCAGAAGUUUUGAAAGUAUCAAGGAUAGAAGAAUGUGAAAUGUCCGGUAUAAAUGCUUUAGGGAAUGCAAGGGUUUUAGGGUUUAUUUCAAAAUGAGGCAUUGAGGGAGGGUUUAUGAUUGUCCUUUGUAUUGUUCAAGAUUGGAUCCGGACCUUCAAUUCAAAAGGCUGGUCGGCACAUGCAGCAGCUAUUCAUUGAAAUAAUGAAUCUUCUUCACCGUCUAUAUUUGCCACAUCCAAGAUCAUCAAGUCUUUCGAGAGUGCUCUUUGAGCAACAUGCAAGUGAUUGUUCUUAUGGGCUUACUCAUGUUUAGCCCCAACCAUCAUUAGUGCGAACUAAUGGCGAAUGUUUGGAGCACGGUAUAUCAUGGUCUGUGGACUAUUAUGAACGUUCGUUUAAAUGCGUGGGGUAACACGUUCCUGAUUGGCCUAUCCUCUAAAUAUAAGUUCCUGAUUUCACUUAGAGAGAGAGACUUCUUUCUCCCUUUUUGCCUUUUCUUUUUCCUAGUGCCAGUGUGUGUUUUUUUGCGUUAUCUUUUUCAUAUCACGUGAGAGACCUUGGCAGGAAA